ACUGGAGGCAUCAGUAACACAACACUGGUGUUCGCGUUCACACGGAACUAUCGAUAUUUCGCUAAGUUUAAACAUUUUUUAUCGAUAAAAUGAAUUGUGUUAUUGUGAUUCUGUCUAUCGUUGCUACGGUCUGUGGUAUCCAAUAUGAUGGUCUCAGAGUCAAAUUCGGUUGGACGGACGCCCUAGCGGACAUGGAGUACUUCUUCAAGAUCCCUCGCACCAUCGCCGAGGUGGAGAACGAGGGUUGGCUGCGGACGGAGAGGCCACCAGGUCCACUGCCCGAGCUGAGGAUGUACUGCCCUCCAGGGAGAGGGGUCUGCCCUCUGUAUGAUACAGCCGGCUUUGUGGCUGGGCUUAUGGUUGCUAUUCCAGUUGAAGACUUCGUGUCGGUGGUAAAGCCUGAGAAGAAGUUCAUCAAAUGGUCGGCACCAGCUGCUGAAGGGGAACCCGCUAAGGACUACUGGACGGCCACGCAAUACUUUGUUUCUGAAGAUUAUGUGUUUUCCUUAGAAUCUCUGAAGGCGGGCGCGGGCCCACAAGUGGAGAAUGGAGCGACUUUGCAAGAUGGCGGAGUAUGGGUAGCUGGCCAUGACUUACGUCUGAUGAGAAUACCCAGCACUGAGGCAGAGCUCAACAGUACCACUUUCAAGAAACAGAAUUGCAUUCCUAACAUGGGUACCCAUUAUUAUUACAACAUGACUCGUGACCUGAACUGUGAGGAGUUGCUUCCAUGGUUUGCGCUGACCACACAGGGGGAUCUGGUCGGCACUGGGUUCCAAGUGAUCGGCAAGGUGACUAAACGAAAGCAGCGGGAGUGGUUUGAGUCAAUACCGAACCCUAAGCAGAGUAUACAGGUCACGAUUCCAUUCGCUCCAGACUGUUUGGGCGAUUGGGGGGAGAAAUACGGAGUCAUAUCGAUGCACAUCUACUUCGUCAACGAUCCCUGGAAUAUUCAGUGCAAGUCUGGUGACUCCAUCAAGCCAGCCCCGGCAAUAGACCGGCUGCUUCUCAACGGCUACAGAUACGCAAACCAAAUAUCAGACGAAGUUUACAAGUUAUUUAGUGGAUAAACUUAUUUAUACCUGUACUAGUUUUAAGAUGUCAUAGAAUUGGGAACUUGACACCAAUAAUCAAAUAGGUUUGUCUCUAAAGGGCUGUGUCAGCGCAACAAUUGCAUAUUAACUAAGAACUGAACUUUACAGUUUCAGCACAAUCGUAAUUGAAAUAGCAUGAAAAAUAAUGGUAAGUAAUAUGCGAAUAAAUGUUUGACUUUGACAUUGACUUUGAAUUGGUGUCAACUGCCUAAUUAUUAUUAAAAUUAUAUUUAAAAUGGUUUGGACCAAGAGAUUAUCAUUUGAAAAUGCAAUUUAAUUGAUUUACGAUUUUAUAUUUAUUUAUUUAAAGGUAGCGUUUAAUAAAAAGUAAAUCAUAUUUGUACAUUGGUGAUUUGAUGUAGGUAAUUUGGCUGAGAUCCUACAAGAAUAUACGAAAAAUAUUAAACAAA